UCAAAUCUACCGAACUUUCUGGUUUUUCCACCUAUCAUAUUGCCCUCCCGUUUUUCUCGACUUCCUUCUCCUUCCCUUCUUCCCCGUUUUCUUCCUCUAUUACUGUCUCAGAUCCCAAACCCUAACCCUAACCUUAGAUCCAAAACCCUAAUCCUAACCCGAGCUUCCAUCAAUGGAGGAGGCUCUGGAACUGGCACGUGCCAAAGACACGAAGGAGCGGAUGGCCGGGGUGGAGCGCCUCCACCAGCUUUUAGAAGCUUCCAGGAAGAGCCUGUCGUCUUCCGAAGUCACCUCCCUGGUCGACUGCUGCAUGGAUCUCCUCAAAGACAACAACUUCAGGGUCUCGCAAGGAGCGCUGCAGGCGUUGGCGUCUGCUGCUGUGCUGUCAGGGGAGCAUCUGAAGCUGCAUUUCAAUGCGCUCUUGCCGGCCGCCGUUGAGAGGCUGGGGGACGGAAAGCAGCCAGUGCGGGACGCAGCACGACGGCUGUUGCUUACACUCAUGGAGGUCUCUUCACCAACGAUCAUUGUUGAAAGAGCUGGCAGUUAUGCAUGGACACACAAGAGCUGGAGAGUCCGUGAAGAGUUUGCACGCACUGUCACAUCAGCAAUUGGUCUUUUUGCAUCUACGGAGCUUCCUCUUCAACGUGUUCUACUUCCUCCUGUUUUGCAGUUGUUGAAUGACUCAAAUCAUGGCGUUAGGGAAGCGGCUACUUUGUGCAUUGAGGAGAUGUACGCGCAAGUUGGACCUCAAUUCCGUGAUGAAUUGCAGCGUCAUCAUCUUCCUACAUCUUUGGUGAAAGAAAUAAAUGCUAGGCUAGAGAAGAUUGAGCCAAAGAUUCACUCUUCUGAUGGACCUACAGGUCAUUUCAUCCCACUAGAAAUGAAGUCUACUAGUCUGCCUGCAUAUAACCAAAAAAGAAACAGCCCAAAGACUAAGAAUACUGCACGUGAAUCAUCCUUCUCCGGAGGAGAAAGUGAUGCUGCAGAAAAAUCGGUUGACCCCAUCAAAGUGUAUUCGGAGAAGGAAUUAAUUAGGGAAUUUGAGAAGAUUGCAUCUACUCUGGUACCAGAGAAAGAUUGGUCAGUAAGAAUUGCUGCUAUGCAGAGAGUUGAAGGCCUUGUUUUUGGAGGUGCUGCUGAUUAUCCGUCUUUCCCUACGCUUUUGAAGCAACUUGUUGCUCCCCUAUGCACUCAGUUAUCUGAUCGGCGAUCUAGCAUAGUAAAACAGGCUUGCCAUCUAUUAUGCUUAUUAUCAAAGGAACUUUUGGGUGAUUUUGAAGCUUGUGCUGAGAUGUUCAUUCCGGUGCUUUUCAAGCUGGUGGUCAUAACUGUGCUUGUAAUUGCAGAGUCUGCAGAUAACUGCAUAAAAACGAUGUUACGUAACUGCAAAGUUGCCCGUGUACUUCCUCGGAUAGCUGAUUGUGCAAAGAAUGAUCGAAAUUCGGUGCUCCGUGCCAGGUGUUGUGAAUAUGCGCUACUUAUCCUAGAGUAUUGGGCUGAUGCACCGGAGAUACAACGAUCAGCUGAUCUUUAUGAAGAUCUUAUAAAGUGUUGUGUUGCAGAUGCAAUGAGUGAGGUACGAUCAACUGCAAGGACUUGUUAUCGAAUGUUCACAAAAACCUGGCCAGAGCGUUCCCGGCGCUUGUUUUCAUCCUUUGAUCCUGUCAUACAAAGGCUAAUAAAUGAAGAAGAUGGGGGUGUGCAUAGAAGAUAUGCUUCUCCUUCGCUUCGUGAGAGAGGUGUGCAGCCGCCUCGCACUCAAUCUCAGACACCUACUACAAAUUUACUUGGGUAUGGAACUUCUGCUAUUGUCGCGAUGGACAGGACUGCUAGCAUCACUUCAGGAACAUCUCUCACAUCUAGUGGUGUGCUUCUAUCACAAACAAAGCCAAUUGCUAAAGGUGGAGAAAGAAGCCUUGAAAGUGUGCUGCAUGCAAGCAAACAGAAGGUUACGGCUAUUGAGAGCAUGCUUAGAGGUGGUAGUAUAUCUGAGAAGCUUAAUUCUUCUGCUACCCGCUCAACUAGUUUGGAUCUAGGAGUUGACCCUCCAUCAGCUCGUGAUCCACCGUUUCCUCCAGCUGUUCCUGCUACGGACCAUCUCCCAUUACAGAAAUCAUCAUUGGCUGAUUCUGCUGCAGCUAAUAUUGCUAGAGGUAGUGUAAACAAUGGUGGCUCUAUUGUCUCUGACCUCAUUACUCCUCGGGUUCAAGCUUCCAAAGAGUCUGGAAAAGUAUCAUAUUUCAGUCAUCUGACGAAUGACUCUUUGUCAGCCCUAUCAUUGUCCUACACAGCUAGAAGAUCUUCUGAAAGGCUGCACGAGAGAAGUUCCAUUGAGGAUGCUGAUAUAAGGCCGAUCAGGCAUUUUACAGACAUGCACAUUGAUAAGCACUACCUGGAUACUCCUUAUAAAGAUGCCGCUUUUAGGGUUUCACAGAACAGUUACAUUCCUAAUUUUCAGAGGCCACUUUCAAGAAAGAACGUAACUGGGAGGACACCUGCCAUUACUAGAAAUACUUUUGAGGAUACUCAACUCUCAGUUGGUGAUAUGUCUAGCUACAUGGAUGGCCCGUCUUCUCUUAGUGAGGCUCUUACUGAGGGGCUGAGUCCUAGUUCUGAUUGGGGUGCUCGGGUUUCAGCUUUUAACUAUCUUCGGACUUUGCUGCAGCAGGGGCCCAGAGGCAUUCAAGAAGUUACACAGAGUUUCGAAAAGGUAAUGAAGCUGUUUUUUAGGCACUUGGAUGAUCCUCACCAUAAAGUCGCUCAGGCAGCUCUUACAACACUAGCAGAGAUUGUUCCAGCUUGCAGAAAGCCUUUUGAAAGUUAUGUUGAAAGGAUCUUACCUCAUGUCUUUUCACGAUUAAUUGACCCAAAGGAGUUGGUUAGGCAACCAUGUUCAACAACCUUGGAACUUAUCGGCAAGACUUAUAGCAUUGAAUCCCUGCUACCUGCUUUGCUACGUUCACUGGAUGAACAACGAUCACCAAAGGCAAAAUUGGCUGUCAUCGACUUCGCUAUCAAUUCGUUUAACAAGCAUGCAUUGAAUUCAGAAGGUGCUGGGAAUAGUGGCUUCCUGAAGUUAUGGCUUGCUAAGCUGGCACCGUUGGUGAAUGAUAAAAAUACAAAGCUAAAGGAAGCAGCUAUCACCUGUAUUAUCUCAAUUUACUCCCAUUUUGAUUCAGUAUCAGUCCUGAAUUUUAUUCUUAGUUUAUCGGUUGAAGAACAGAAUUCCUUAAGACGAGCACUUAAGCAGUAUACACCUCGGAUCGAGGUGGACCUCAUGAACUAUCUGCAGAACAAGAAAGAACGCCAACGUUCUAAAUCUUUUUACGACCAGUCAGAUGUUGUUGGAAGUUCUUCCGAGGAAGGAUAUGUUGGAACAACGAAGAAGAGUCACCUUUUUGGAAGGUAUUCUUCUGGUUCAGUUGAUAGUGAUGGUGGGAGGAAGUGGAGUUCCAUGCAAGAAUCAACCCAGAUCAGUGUCUCCAUUGGUCAGUCAGCUUCUGAUGAGACGCAUGAGCAGUUGUAUCAAAACUUUGAGGAUGGCUCUAACACUGAGCGCCUUCUUAGUUCUAAAAGCAAGGAUCUGAAGCACGAAGUUAAUUUCAUGGUAGAUAAUGCGGGAUCCUGGACUAAUCGUCCUGAUAAGGUGGAUCACAGUGUAGAUUUUGAGAGUCAUGUAGCGUCUCCACGCCUGGACAUCAAUGGACUGGAUGGAUUGGUGACAUCUGAUCAGUUAGAAGCUAUAGGUUUAAGGAUUGACAGUGAAGCUAAUCUGGAGCUUAAUCAUGAGAAGAUCACUACUACAAAGAAUAACCCUGCGGCAGACUCUCAACCUAGCAUUCCUCAACUUCUUCACCAGAUAUGCAAUGGCAAUGAUGAGAAUUCAAUUACAAGUAAACGCAGGGCACUUCAGCAAUUGGUUGAAGCUUCUGUAGCUAAUGAUUACUCUGUGUGGAACAAGUACUUCAACCAAAUUCUGACAGCCAUACUUGAAGUCUUGGAUGAUCCUGAUUCUUCCAUCAGGGAACUUGCUAUUUCUUUGAUACUUGAAAUGCUCAAUAAUCAGAGAGAAGCAAUGGAGGAAUCUGUUGAAAUUGUUAUUGAAAAGUUGCUUCAUGCUACCAAGGAUAUGAUUGCCAAGGUUUCAAAUGAAGCAGAGCAUUGUUUGACUAUUGUUUUAUCCCAGUAUGAUCCAUACAGAUGCCUUAGUGUUGUUGUCCCUUUAUUGGUCAGCGAAGAUGAGAAAACCCUUGUUACAUGCAUCAACUGUUUAACAAAGCUUGUGGGGAGGCUUUCACAAGAGGAACUAAUGGCUCAGUUACCUUCAUUCCUUCCUGCUCUUUUUGAUGCAUUUGGGAACCCAAGUGCUGAUGUCCGCAAGACUGUGGUUUUCUGUUUGGUGGAUAUCUAUAUCAUGCUUGGAAAAGCAUUCUUGCCAUAUUUAGAGAGGCUUAACAGCUCGCAGUUGCGGCUGGUGACCAUUUAUGCCAACCGGAUAUCGCAAGCGAGAUCGGGUGCUGCAGUCGAUGUGAACCAUGGUUAGGCUUGCUUGUCUCGAAGAAAUCUUUGGUGUUUGUGGGUUUGGUUAUUCCUUUUUUCCUUUAAUAUUUGUAUAUGUUUAUUGUGUGAAAAUAUCCUUUUUGAGGGGAGGGAGAGCUUGGGUUGUGAGUGGUGUGUUUUUGGGAUGUAAGAAUCUUGGGGGUGGAAAACAAAAUUGUGAAAAUGGAACCCAUACCCGUUUAGUGCCAAAGGGGAGAUCCCCUUUUGGGUGUAAUAACAUUUUUUUGAAAUACCGAAAACAGCGCAUUUGGAUUA